AUGUUCGGAGCAAAACCCGGUGGCUUUGGGCAGCCAACCACCAACACUGGAUUCGGUACGUUCGGAACCAACACGGUGGCCGCCAGCCCGUUUGGGCAAAACACGGCCUUUAGCAAACCGGCUACUGGCGCAUUUGGGGCCACUCCAGCGUUUGGACAACAACCGACGACGUCACUCUUUGGACAAACUCAACCAACAGGCGGGUUGUUCGGGGCGAGUACCAGCACCGCACCAGCCUUCGGUGCAGCCACAACAGCGCAGCCAGGGUUCGGGGCGUUUGGACAAGCGCAACCACAAACAACUUCAUUGUUUGGAACGCAAAAUAACACCGCGGCAAAUAACUCCCUGUUUGGCAAUAACAACAACACAACGUUCGGUGCGGCCAAACCAGCCGGAUUUGGUGGCUUUGGGCAACCGGCCACCCAAACGACGUCCCUAUUUGGCCAAUCGAGCACGAAUAACACCGCCACGACGGGAUUCUUUGGCCAAAACACGCAAACCGCUGGUGGGUUGUUCGGAGCAGCGAAACCGGCGUUCGGUGCCGCAACCGUACCGGGUGUUGUAGGUGGCAAUGGUACCGCCGUGGCGAAGUACCAGCAAACCCAUGGCACGGACACGCUAGUGAAAAACGGUCAAACGACUACGGUAAACACGAAGCAACUCUGCAUCACGUUCAUGAAAGACUACGAAAACAAAUCCGUAGAAGAGUUGCGCUUCGAGGAUUACGCCGCCAACCGGAAGGGCCCACAAGCGGGCGCCCCCGGUGCUGGAGGUCUGUUUGGAGCGGGCGCUCCGUCAACCGGGCUGUUCGGAGCAACUGGCGCGGCACAACCGACUGGACUGUUUGGACAAAACCAGGCCCAACCGAACUCCGGAGGACUCUUCGGUACAUCGACGAACACGUUCGGUGCGACGACAACUCCCGCGUUUGGCACAACAGCCGGCAGCACGUUUGGCAAACCAUUCGGAAGCGCCCCGGUCGCUACAUCGGCACCUGGCUUUGGUUUCGCUCAAUCAACCACCUCCACUCUGGGAGGCGGUCUUGGAGGAAAUAAACCCGCGUUUGGUGCCGCGGGCACGACAGGAGGGCUGUUUGGGCAGUCUACUGCGCCGGCGACGAGUACAUUCGGCCAGACGCCUUUCGGUGGUUUUGGCACGCAAAACACAGCCGCCCAACCGGGUGGAUUGUUCACGGGUGCUGGCACUGGUGCGGCGGCUCCUGCUGCCGGUGCGUUCGGGACGCUAGGCGCUCAGUCAACGCCAUCGAGCUUCAGUUUCGGUACGAACACGCAAACCAGCGUGGCCGGAUCGACGUUAUUUGGUGCGAAACCGGCCAACACGUUCGGAACCCUCGGUGGAACUACUUUCGGACAGAAUGCGACAUCCACCGCUCCCACGUUCGGGCUCGGCACGAACACCAACGCCGCCGGAGGAACUUCCUUCUUUGGUAACACCUUCAACAAGCAAGCCGCACCAACGUUUGGUUUGGGUACGAACACGUCUGGUGUCGGAGGUAUUGGCGGAACGACGGGUGGUCUCACGUUCGGUACCGGCUCUUCGUCCCUGUUCGGAAACUCUGCCGUCAAACCCGGUGGAUUGGGAACGGGCACUGGUCUGUUUGGUAACACGUCCACGUUGGGAACGGGAGGCGCUUUCGGGACGAUGAACAUGGGUACGUCUUUCGGUGCUGGCACUGGUACGGGAGGGCUCGGUAUGACGAAUCUCGGCGGGCUCGGUGUUAUGGGCCAGGGAGCGCCCGGACAACAAUCGGUACCGAUUCAUCAGCAAAUCCUCGCGAUGGCUACCUCACCGUACGGCGAUAAUCCCAUAUUCAAGGGAAUCAAGCCACUUGUUGGCCCUACGGAGGAAUCGCUGAAACCCACGAAUCCUUCCGCACAGAAGGCUAUCAUGGAGGGAUCAAACUAUCAGCUCAAACUAUCCUCCCGCUCUGGCAGCGCCGAUCGAGUAAAGGUGAAGCCGCUCGGAGCAGCGCAGUUAAAGAAGUCUAUUUUCGAAGGUUUGGAAGAGUACGACAGUACACUCGAGGACAGUUUCACGCUGAAACCGAACGCAAAGCGGUUGAUCAUCAAACCGCGUCCCUCGAAGUCAACGAUAAUCAUUCCGGAGGCUGAUGGACGAGAGGGAACGCAAAAUCUGUCCUCCGGUGCGAACACCUCGAUCGUCGCGGAACAUUCCAUCUCAACGCCGACACACGGAGCUGGUGCUGGGGAGUCGUUCCGCAAUCAGAUACCAGCUCACCCGACUGAUGGCUUGGCGUCUGGAGCCCAUCAACAACAACACCAGCAAUCCGGAUCGACCGAUAAUGGAAGGCGCGUUUCGUGGCUGCAGUCCAACGUGUUGGAUAAGGUGCGCCAGCAACAGAGCAGUAACCAACGCUUAUCCGAAUCCGUGCUAGACAAUACAAUCAAGGAGUUCGCGGCAUCAUCAACAGCAGCGACGAUCGGCAGAUCCGAACGAGCGAUUUCGCUUUCUUCCAGUGGAAUUCGAGAAGAAUCUGGCGAAGAGGAUGACACAGGGAAAGGAACGGCUUCCGGUAAAGAUGGAAUGUCGGGUACGUCACCUGUAUUAGGAAGUAACACGGUUAACGAUAGUUUCAUCUCAAACCGCUCGUUCCUGAAUGAAACCAGCAUCGGGGCAGGUAUCGGAACUGAUCUAUCAACCUCGGUCGCUGCCGUCAUCGAGGACGCUGAACCCCAUCCCACCGGAAUUGUUCUGCGGCGUGUGGGAUAUUAUACCAUUCCGUCGCUGGAAGAUAUCGCCCAACUAAUGGACGAGGAAGGCCGUUGUGUGGUGCCGAACUUCACCAUCGGCCGAAAGGGCUACGGUAACGUAUACUUCAACGAGCCGAUCGAUGUUGCCGGGCUCAAUCUCGACGAGAUCGUGCACUUCCGCCAUAAAGAAGUUAUCAUCUAUCCUGACGACGAAAAUAAACCUCCCGUCGGAAGUGGGCUUAACCGGAAGGCCCAAAUUACGCUCGAUCAAGUAUGGCCGCAUGAUAAGACGCUGCACGAGCCGAUCAAAGAUCCGCACCGUUUGGCGCUCAUGGAUUACGAGGCCAAGCUGCGGCGCGUGUGCGACAAGCACGACACGCGCUUCCUCGAGUACCGGCCCGACACGGGCAGCUGGGUGUUCAAGGUGGAACACUUCUCCAAGUACGGCCUAAGCGACAGCGACGACGAGGAUGCGACCCCGGUAGACUCCAAAAAGGUCAAGAUGAUGUCAGCGGCUCAGCAACAGAAGGAAUUGCUUCGAAGCAAGGCGCAACCUGCUUCGGCCAAGCAGCAAGGUGAGGAAAUGGAUGACUCCCUAGCGCGUGGGUCUCUUGCCGAUGGUAAACAGCAGAGAAAGGAGGGUGCACUGGAUGAUACACGCAAUGAUAACGGUCUGGGACACGGUGCGUUCCAGGAUGGCGAAGAUGAAGACGAUUUCCAUCCUACGGCGUUCGGGGAUGAGAACAUGAACUUUUCGACUCAACAAAACCCGGGCACACCGACGAGUCCGACCGCCACCAUCGCAAAGGAAAUGGGUACCGAUCCGCACAAGAUUCAGCUUAUGAAGGCAUCCUUCUUUGCGGAUGACGAGUUCGAUAACCGCUCGAUGGCGUCCGAGCUCGAGCACAGCGAGGGAAGGGACAGCCCGGACCAGAUCGUGCCGGGUGCCGUUGGUCGUCCAUCCGUUGGUGCUGGGUUACUUUUGAGCAGCUUGUACGGUGGCAUCAAAUCCGCAUCAACCGUGCAACGGAAUUCACAUGCUUCCCACACGAAAUCGCUGCUGAAGCUGGACGGCGCUCCGUCGAGUGGAUUUGGUACGGGUAGUCUCAUGAAAACGUCCACCGCCAAAAGCAUUCCCGUUUCAACGCAGAGUUUGGCUUCCUCCAAGCAAACGUAUUCGGCCAAGCAAUCGCAGGGGGCAACUGCCGGUGAUAAGAUGCCCGUUCUCCCUCCGAUUCCGCGCCCACUCGGGCCCCAAUCGUUACCUCUAGUUCUGAAACCUCGCACGGAAACGUUGCACCCAAUCAGCAUAGUGAUUCCGCUGUCUAAAUCAAUUCUUCGGCGGUUCCUUAACAACAAAUCGAACCUGGCAUUCUUUCACGGGCGCAAGUUUAAAGUCGGCUGGUCAUACGGUACGGCCAUGGUGCAGCUGAGCACGCGUGACAACUGCGCCGAGUUGAUGCGUCGUUUUGAAGCCAACAAUCGGGACGCAGGAUCGGGCGCCAGGAUCAUGGGGAUAGACGCGGUGAAGCCGUUUUUCCGCGGUCGCACCGACAACGACUUUUCCCCGGCCGCACUGCAGCUGCUGCGCAUCAAAUCGACGGCCGAUCCGGUAACGGUUAACGAUGACGGAUUUAUGGACUCGGUCGAAGCUCAUCUGCGAGUGCAGCUGCGCCAUGACGAGCGGCGCCACAUCGGAGGUCCUACCGAGAGCGAUUGCCCGUACCUGGUUGCUGGUGGGAAAUAUCUUACGUUGGAAGAGCAUCUUCAAGAGGCCCAAUCGUUGGCGGAUGUGGUUGAUAACGCUUACAGUGAGCUUUGCGUUCAUGUGUGGGCGCUAAUGAGCGCCCUCUGGGGUGCCCGCGAGGAGCUUGAGGGUGUGGAAGAAGCGAGCCAUCUAAGCACGAUGUUCCGGCGCGAUCUGUUCUCGGACUGGAUCGAGGGUGUGGUAACGGAGCGUUCGCAACAAGAGAGCAAGCUGGCUGAGAAGCGCGAUUACCUCGAUCAGCUUCUCGAGCUUGUGCAAACACACAAGGUGCUGGAGGCGUGCGAGUUGGCAUUCUCGAACAACGACAUCAACCUGGCCAUGCUGCUGGCUCAGAUAUCCGGCGGACCAGUAGUCCGGCAGCUGGUGCAGCACCAGCUCUCGUGCUGGCAGGACUCGGAGGCGGACAAGUUUAUCGAUCCGCGGCGUUUGCAGGUAUUUAUGGCUAUCGCCGGCGUCCCGGUCAUGAGCUCAUCGCACGGUGCGAUCAACAUGUUCGAGAACGUGGACUGGCUGAGGGCGUUGGCGCUUCAUCUGUGGUACGUUUGCGCACCAACCGCCUCGAUAACGGACGCGCUGCUGGGUUAUGAGAGUUCGUUCGAGACGCAAGACUUUUUCACCCACCCGCCGUUGCCACCAUAUCGAUCGCGGUACGGUCAGAAGGGUUCGAAUAAUGGCCCGAUUCAUGAUUUGCGCUUUCACCUGCUGAAGCUGUACUCGAAACGGAGCCAUCCGCUCGAACCGCUGCUCAAUCCGGCCUCACAUACAGCCGACCCGGUCGACUAUCGGUUGAGCUGGUUCCUGCUACAGGUCCUGGAAACGCUUGGGUACCACCACUGCUCAGAGCUGUCACGUAGCCACAUUCACGUCGCAUUCGCGAAUCAGCUCGAGAGCCACGGUUUAUGGCAGUGGGCCGUUUACGUGCUGCUGCACCUGAACGAUCAAGCCCGCAGAGAGCUUUCGAUUCAACAACUGCUCUACAGACACAUCCAGCUGGUCGCCCCGGACGACGGUUCCAGUGACGACGAAGCGGAAGAUACCGAACGGCACGAUUAUUUGGCCCGCGAACGGUUCAUCGUCGAGGAACUCGGUGUACCCGAGAAAUGGAUCUACUGGGCGAAGGCCGUCCGGGCUGGCAGCGUUUUUGAUUACCCACAACAGGCGCACUACUUGUUGAAAGCGAAACAGUGGGCGCUCGCCCAUGAGAUUAUACUAAUGCAACUCGCACCGGAGUACGUGAUGAAUGAUAAAAUAGCGCAACUGAAAGAGAUGCUUGAUUCUAUCGAGGAUCCCAAGCAGAUAUCCGGCUGGCCGACAAAGGGUCAAAUUCUAGUCGAUUUCAUCGAACUGAACGAGAAGUUCGAGCUUCUAAAGGACACGAUAGACGAAGAUCUGGUCGGACAACGAUUGGAGGGCUUAAAACCGAAGCUAUCAGAGCUCUGUUCGGUGCUCAAGAUGUUCCCUUGCCCCACGCCGAAACACACGCUGCUGCAAAGUGAAAUCUCUCAACGGCUUGCCUUCCUGAUCAGGACGUACUAUGUGGACGAUCCACUGAUUAGCGGCAGCGCGCUCAUGCGCGGUGCCCUGGAACGGUUACCUCUGCCGCAAGAGCAUGUGAUAGAAGAGCUGGAACACAUGCUGCGCGCGUUUCUCGCAGAAGAGCUACAGAAGAAGUAAUCGUGUUGGAAUCGCAACGGACAUAAUUCUUGCAGUGUCUCUUGAUUUGUAUCCUGCGAUCGUGCACUUGGUGAAUUAGCAGGGGCGGCUUGAAGCGCAACACCGGAUGAGGUCACCCAAUCGAGGGUUUGUUGACGUGGUCGAUCUUUUGUAGUUGUAUUUUUUUUCUUUUGUAAGACACGCUUGUUGGCGCUCAUUUUCCGUGCACCGUUACAGCGCACUUUAAACAUAUGCAAAACACACAAGAAACGGUCCGAGUUGGGCAGUGCAGUUAUUGCACAAACGUACUUCUCGUGUCCUUGUUAUGCAAAUAGGUGACCCUAUAUGGUGAUUAAGUAACAGCAUGAAUACGUACGUAAGCUUAACUCGAUAUUGAAAAUAAAUAUGUUAUGUGUUUGGCGGUAUUUCCACCGAAGCCAGCUGUUGAUGUCCAGAAAUUUGCCGACGGAAUGUUUUCUUGCGCUAUGGAAAGAUUUACAGCUGGCAUGUUUCGCCUGAACACGGAAAGAAUUUCCAAAGUGUUUCGUUUGCUUCGCUCAGGUUAGAGCCAUGUGUGCCGGUUUGUGUUGGUUGUAAUAAAUAUUUUAUUUUUUAUAAAGAGCGUUUUUCUUUUAAAUAAUUAAAUAAUCAAUUAAAAUAGUAAACUUUCAUGACAGAUGUUAAGCUGAGUUGUAUCCAAUCUUCCUUGCUGGUUCAGAGCUUGCUGUUAUGAUUCCUUGCUUCUUUAUCUCUUUCUUGCUCUCUCUCUCUCUGUCUGUCUCUCUCUCUUUCACACACACACAGAUAUUACUCCCAUUAUUGCUCCACUCAGAGUGUCCUUUUGCUUUUGCCACGUUUCUUAUCUUCUUUUCGAUUUCGUGCUGCUUUGCCUUUAGAUUUUGAUCUUCUUUGUUCUUGUUGUGCUCCUAUCACAUCGUACGAUGAUGGUUUGGUGUUAGUUUUUCGCGCAACCGCCGCUAGUCCUUGAUUGCAUUUCUUUCCGUACCUACA